UUAAAGUCCCUCGUAAUUUUCGUUUGCUGGAAGAACUUGAAGAAGGUCAGAAAGGAGUAGGAGAUGGUACAGUAAGCUGGGGCCUUGAAGAUGAUGAAGACAUGACGCUUACCAGGUGGACGGGCAUGAUUAUUGGGCCACCAAGAACAAAUUAUGAAAACAGAAUAUACAGCUUGAAGGUAGAGUGCGGUCCUAAAUAUCCAGAAGCACCUCCAACAGUUAGAUUUGUAACUAAAAUUAAUAUGAAUGGAAUAAAUAAUUCCAAUGGAAUGGUGGAUGCGCGGAGCAUACCAGUGUUAGCAAAAUGGCAAAAUUCUUAUAGCAUUAAAGUUAUACUUCAAGAGCUAAGGCGUCUAUUGAUGUCCAAAGAAAAUAUGAAGCUUCCACAACCUCCAGAAGGACAAACUUACAACAAUUAAUUUUAGCUGAAUCCCAAACUUGUCUUAAAACAACUUCUACUUAUGUUAAUGUCUUGAUUCAAUCUCACAAUGCAAAACCACCCACACAUUAAAGAGUUUCUUCUGGUGUACAUUAUCUGGACAUAUGAAAGAAUAUAUAUAUAUGUAUGCCCCAUAUGUUUUCAGGCACAAUCAGAGAGAAAAGGCAACACAUUUUGUUUCCCUCUUUAGCAAGGCGCGAUCAUUUUAACAUAAGCCUGAAGUAGCCUAAAAUCGGCGCGCCAGUGUUUCAAGACGAAAGUAUGACAGGAAGUGUCAGAUUGCCAUGGAGUAAGAUGUUUCAGGGGGAAAAAAGCCUUUUCUCGAGAAGAAAAAAGAAAUAAAAAACGGCAUGCUUUAUCCAUCUUGCUUUAGUAAAAGAGCUGCAGAUGAAAUUGUUUUUAAAGUAGCGGGUACUGCAACUACCAUUGCUCAACUUGUUUAUCUUAUUUUAUUUUUUUUUGCAAAGGUGUGGGUGCUGAAUGCUGGUAGUGUCACAGAAUACAGUCAGGAUUGUUUUGAUACUUGUAUUUAUAAAACGAGGGAAUGAUUUUUCUCUUAAGCGGCUCCUGUGUGUUACAUGUAAUGGACAUUGCAAAAUAUUUGUUUACAGUCUUUGUUCUAAUAAACCAUACAUUUAAGUUUUAGUGAAACGAAACAAAAAACAAAACAAAAAAAAGGAAAUAGGUGUAUGGAAAAUGUGAUUGAGAAUAAAGUUAGUCUUCAAAUGUAAAUAAAAUGUGGAAAGUAUCCUUGGAGGCUAUGCCAUUUCUGUAUGAAGUUAUUUAUUCUUGUAGUACCUUGCACAGACAAGGAGUGAACGAACAUCGCUUCUAAUCUAAUGUCCAACGUCUGCUCCAUUUGAUAGCCAAAACUGUUGCUGGAGCUAUUUCAAUGGAGCGGCUUGCUUAAGACACUCUCCAGAGCUUAGCUUGUGCAAGCAUACCUUUUGUAAGGCUCUGGAAACAAUGAUACUCUAGCUGUAACUUGCUGCUUUCAUGGCUCUUCAUAUGUCAUUUAUUCCCUAUUUAUCACAAUUAUUAACAUACUUGCAAAAAAAAAGGAUACGAUUGGAAAGGGGAAUCAUUUCUGGCCUUUGAAUAGCUUUGAUUUCAUGUUUCUUCUACAAGAGUCAAGAGCAGGGGUGUCAAACAUGCGGACCGGGGGCCGGAUUAGGCCCCCAGAGGGCUUCUAUCA